ACCAACAAGCUCAUCCCAAGAACCAACUGAAGAACUCCCACUUCAACUUCAAGACAACAUGAAGACUCUCAGCCUCCUCGCAAUCUGCGCUCUCCUCUCUGUGUGCUGGGCCACAGGAGUUGUGGAGUCUUUCGUCGAUGGCGACUCCAACCACGCAGACAACGGUGACGUUGCCGAAGUCGGUGGAGACAACGGCGUUGCCGCAGACAGCGCAGACUCUUCAGCGUCCGACUCAUCCUCAGACUCAUCCGAUUCUGACUCCGAUUCCAACUCUGACUCUGCCUCUGAUUCCAACUCCGACUCUGCCUCCUCCUCUUCCUCAUCCUCAUCCUCAUCUUCAUCUGAGUCAGCCAGUACGGAAGCUUCUGAAGAUGCUCAAGACUCUCCAGACUCUCACGUGGUCAUGAAGCGUGAUGUGGCUUCCGUUCUGCUGAGGACAAGACGCCAAGCCCCCCUCUCCCUUCACCAGUUGGAGAGCCUGAGAGAGGUCUGCGAACUGAACAGGGGCUGCGACGAGAUGGCCGAGACGCAGGGCAUCGUGGCAGCCUACACGGCCUACUACGGACCCCCUCCCUUCUAAGCAGACCCACUCAAACGUCAACACCGUUUGUCUUGCUUUUGUUGCGUCUCUCCCAUCUCCCGCAUCAACAAACGCAGACAAACAGAUUCCGGUUUGGACCACGUUGUGAUAUACAGACGGAGGUCACGAACUUUUGCACAGGCGACGUCCAGAGAUAGUGCACAUAAAGUAUGCAGUAGCCCAAAUAUGUUGAAAUGAUUCCUCAGCCCCCUUUGUAUAACAUGAUGAAUGGUGCUAAAAAAUGUAUUUGAAUGAUUGUAAUGAUAUAUUUAUACCAUGCUUCAGUAGCGGGUAUAGUAACAAGCUAUUAGAUGUACAGUACAGUAGAGUUAGUGGCAGUGUAUAGGGUGUAUGAAAGCAAUA